GUUUCGUUCAACUAAAGGAUGAUUACAGUCAUUCUUUGGUUAGUCGCCGUCUACGGCGCGGCGGCGCUUUCGACAGGGUGCAAUACAAGGGCAGAUGUAACAUUCAUGAUAGACUCUUCGGACUCUGUAGGACAAUUAAACUUUAACAAACAAUUAGACUUCCUUAAGGAUGUAACAAACAAAUUAAACGUAGGACAGGACCAGGUUCACGUUAGUGCCCUCACGUUCAGUUCCGGAGUUCACAACAAGUUCUACCUCAAUGAUUACAUGCGCAAAAACGACGUUUUGCAUGCGAUCAGUGGCAUUCAGUAUUUCCCGGGUAACACCGAUACUGCUGAUGCCAUUAAGUUCAUGUCGCAGCAAAGCUUCAGUCCGUCGCAUGGAGCUAGAGGGGAUGUGCCGCACAUUGCUGUCCUGCUGACUGACGGGCCUUCCACCACUAAGGCCAUCACCAAGCUGCAGGCCCAGACGGCGAAAGACAACAACGCCGUCAUCUACACCGUCGGUGUCGGCAGCGGCGUUGACGUAGAUGAGCUGACUUCCGUCUCCAGCAACCCCGACCUCAGAUACUCCAUGUUUGCCGAUAACUACGAGACCUUGAACAGCCUGUCUGACAUGCUUGCAACCAAAAUCUGUAACGAGCUGCCACCAGAUACAUCUACUCUUCCAGCUCCAACAGGAUGUCUCCACAAUGCCGAUGUUGUCUUCAUGGUAGACUCUUCCACGAGCGUUGGAAGCGAAAACUUCCAGAAAACCCAAAACGCUCUGAAAAACAUCAUCACAAAUAUGGACAUAGGCCACAAUAAGGUUCAAGUUGGUGUCAUGCAAUACAGCAGCUACCCAAUGAUGGGCUUCCCCCUCAAACUUUACGGUAAUCGAGGUGACGUUCUGCACGCCGUAGAGAAUCUGCAUAUGACCAGUGGAGGAACAAACACAGCCGAUGCGAUCAAAUUUACCACCGAUGAAAUGUUCUCUGCAACCAGUGGAGCUAGAAGCAAUGUUCCCAGAAUUGCAAUUUUGCUCACCAAUGGUGGAACUGUUGACAGCCAAGCCGCUAUCGAUGCUGCAAAUAUAGCAAGACAAGCCGGAAUUGGAAUCAAUGUCGUAGCUGUUGGAAACAACAUUAACCAGCAAGAGGUUCAGUCCAUCGCCAACCAACCUGCCGGAAAUCACGUUAUUACCGUCAGCAAUUUCGACCAACUUGAGCAACAAGCAUCUAACAUCCUCAACCAGGCAUGCGGUGUUUCAUCAACAUACAACUUCGGAUCUUCUGCCACUGCUACUUGCUCUGACAAAAUCACCAACUGUAAUGAAUAUGGAAGCAACGUGUGUAGAGACUAUCCCAAAUGGGCCGAGGCCAACUGUAAAAAAUCAUGUGGGCUUUGUUCAUACCAAUACAUCAUGAAUUUCCCCAAAUGCACCAACAAACUGACAAACUGUGAGAGCUAUGGCAAAGAUGUCUGCACAUCUCACGGAAGCUGGGCUCAGGAUAACUGCAAACUCUUCUGUGGAUUCUGUGGCACUUCUGCCAGUUCCAAUGGAUUCUAUGGAAUGUGUAACUACAAAGGCAAGAUGUACCAAACAGGUGAAAAAUGGCUUGAUGGUUGUGACUACGAAUGUGUGUGUAGAGAUGGAAACAAGGGAGACUACCAAUGUUACAACAGAUGUCCACUGUACUACAACCUUCCAUCCAUGUGUACUCUGGUCAAGAAGGAUGGUGAAUGCUGUCUGCAACCAGUGUGCAACUUUAACCCAUCUGUCAGCCAUUUCAACAACACUGCCAUGGCAACCACAGCCACCGGCAUCCCCACAUGCUCUUACAAAUCCAAGAUGUACUUCCAAGGCCAGACCUGGAAAGAUGGAUGCCAGUACCAAUGUACUUGCAUUGAUGCCUCCAAGGGACUCUACUCAUGUGAACAACUGUGCCCCACCUAUUCAAUUCUUCCUGCGGCUUGUCAUCUGCAAAAGACCCCAGGAUCCUGUUGCCAGACCCCAUCUUGUGAAUUUGAUCAACAGCAGGGUAGCUACACAGGAUAUGGGUUCACCAGUGGUGAAGGAACAGCUCAGAAUGUGGUAGCACCUCAGCCCUGUGUAGAUGUCGCCACAAACUGCAAAGUUUAUGGAAAAUCAGUCUGCACCACUUACGGCCAGUGGGCCUCAAACAACUGCCGAAAAUACUGCGGCAUCUGUCAGAACACUGUGAUUCAACCAGCAGCCGGAGAUGUUUGCAUAUACAAGGGUAAGACCUACCUUCAGGGACAGUCCUGGGAGCCUGACUGCAGUACCAGGUGUACCUGUGAGAACGCUCACUAUGGUUACUACAGGUGUAACGAUGCCUGCCCCUCCUACAACAACCUGCCCGCCGGAUGUAACGUGAUCAACAAGAGAGGAGAGUGCUGCCCUGUCGUCAACUGUCAGUCAGGAGUUUUCUACACCUCCAGCGAGAACAUCAACUCCAUCGGAAACGGAGGAUUGAUCAAUGUGCUCUACCCCCCAGACAACCAUGUCCAGAACCCACCUUACGGACAGACCCAGAUCGGAUCAGGAGGAACUGGAUUCCUGGCUCCAACUUUGAAGGGCUGUCUGUACAAUGGUCAGCUAUACAACCAGGGUCAAAUGUGGGAUGAUGGGUGCAAGUACACAUGCACUUGUCUGAAUGCAGCCACUGGUGACUACAGAUGCCGUGAAAAGUGUCCAUCUUACCAGAAUCUUGCCUCAACAUGUGUCAUGAUCACAGACACCAACGACCCCUGCUGUAUGGUCCCCAAAUGUGGAUUUGAUGUCGCAACAGGCCAGAUCCCAGUUCCAGUGCCUUCUUAUAACCAGGCUACUUCUUACGUUGGAAUUGUAAAGCCCCCUGUCCCAACAUUGUACCCCACAGUGUACCCCGAUGGACCCUGGGUCAUUCUCAACACCACCGGAAUGCAACCAGUUGCACCAACAGCCCCAACUAAUGUCAGACAAGGUUUCUGUAUGUACAAGAACCAGAGAUAUGACGCCGGACAAACAUGGGAGGAUGGAUGCGACUACAAUUGCGUCUGUGAUGAUGGACUCCGCGGCCACUACAAAUGUAUCGACAAGUGCCGAACUUUUGACUAUGUGCCACAGCCCUACUGUAGGCUUACACAGGACCCACAGAACCCCUGCUGCCAAGUUCCUGAGUGUAAAUUCAUCCCCCACAAUCCACAGAUUGAGGGAGAAAGAACCACACCCUCCGUACAAGGAAAUUUCUGUGUGUACAAUGGCAAACAAUACCAACAAGGGCAGUCCUGGUACGAUGGCUGCAGCUACAAGUGUACCUGUGAGGAUGCUGAAAAGGGCGUCUACAGAUGCUUGAGCAGAUGUCCAGAGAUUUUGAAUGCUGAGCCAGGGUGUAACUACAUCACUGACCCUCGGGACCCCACCUGCUGCAGAAUCCCCGACUGUACCCCAGUCAACCCCAACAAUCCAGAACCCCACCCCAUCCCACCAAAGACCUACCAAGGACAGAUGGUUGGAACACCAGGCAUGUGCACCUACAAGGGAGUACAAUACCAGGCCGGAGAGAGAUGGGAAGAUGGCUGCGACUUUACCUGCACUUGUACCGACGCCCUCCGAGGCCACUAUGAGUGUGUGGACAGAUGUCCAGUGUACACCAAUCUCCCAGAUGUUUGCCGUAUGGUCAACGACUUUGCCAACCCCUGCUGUAAGAAACCAGAUUGUACCAUCUCUGCUCACCCUGGUGUAAUUCAGGGAACCGGAACAACUACGCCAAACCCUGCUCUGCCUCAGACCCUCCCACCAAAACAACAAUACUGUGUGUACAAAAAUGCCCAGUAUCUCCAGGGACAGACCUGGGAAGAUGGCUGCAGCUACAAAUGUCGCUGUGACGACUCGAGCCGUGGAAUCUACACCUGUAACCAGAGGUGCCCAACAGUCACCAGUGUUACCCCAGGCUGCACGAUGAAGACUGAUCCUAGGGACUCCUGCUGUCUGGUGGAAGUCUGCCCACAGCCCACACCAGCCCCCGGUCAGACUAACCCAGUGCCCACUAUUCAGCCCAUACCCUUCACAGGAAAGGUCAAUCUGCCCACACCUAGCCCAGUGCCUGGACAGCCAGCCCCAUCACCAAAACCAGUUGGUUUCUGUGUGUACAAAAGUGUGACCUACAUGCAAGGCCAGAAAUGGGACGAUGGAUGUGAUUACGCAUGUACUUGCUAUGAUGCAGAGCAUGGAAGAUACAAAUGUGAUCCCAAAUGCCCAAGAUACAUGGAUCUACCUGAAAACUGCAGACUUCACAAGGACCCUGCCAACCCCUGUUGUGACAUUGUGGAAUGUGCUGAGCCAACACCUGCCCCCAACCCAACUCAGACCCCUGCUCCAGGACAACCUAACCCCAACCCCAACCCUAACCCUAACCCCAACCCCAACCCACAGCCGACAUACAAUCCUACACCACAGCCAACUCCAGAGUCUAGAUGUACUUGUGAGUACAAAGGACAACAAUAUCUCCAAGGACAGCAGUGGUAUGAUGGAUGUGACUUCUCCUGUAUCUGUGAGGACUGUGUCACUGGCGUGUACAGAUGCAACCAAAGGUGCCCAACAUUCCAGGCUCCACCCCCAGAGUGUACUCUGAUUGCUGAUCCCAAAGAUCCUCUUUGUUGCAAGAUCCCAGAAUGCCCCACCACAGGAAACUACAACACUGCUCCUCCAUUGGUCAUUCAGGGAGGAAAAGCCACUCCUAGCCCCACUCUGAGACCCAUCUACACCCCACAACCUUCACCCUUUGUUCCAAAUCCUAACUAUAAUGGAUUUACCGGUGGUCCAGUCUACACACCAAGACCCACUCCAGCAAUCCUGAUCCCUGGAAGACCUUAUCCCACAGGCACACCUUACCCAGGGGGCACUUACCCACCCGGCACAGUUCCCACUGUUCCUCCAGUAACCUACACACCAUACCCAGGAGCAACCUAUCCAGUGAACUACACGCCCAAUCCUUCAAUGAUUCCAACAUUCAGACCAGGGCAGACAUACCCAACAAAUAUGACUCCAUAUCCAAGUGGAACAUACCCAACAAGGGUAACUUACCCUCUGCCAACCAUCUAUCCAGGUGGAGGAACCUAUCCUCCAGGUUUCAGUCCAGUGACAACCCAAGUUCCUUACAGCCCUGUUGUGGUGUACUUUACAAAUGCUCCACUGAUCCCAGGUGGCACCUAUCCACCAAGACAGACACCAUUUGUCGGCGGAACCUAUCCAACUGGAACUGUACCCCCACGGACCUACACUCCAUUUGUCGGCGGCACUUAUCCACCCAGUCAGACCUUUGAACCUUACUUCACUCAGCCCACAUUUAGGCCCUACCAGACCUACCCAACCAACAAGACUCCAUACGUUGGUGGAACCUACCCAACUGGAACUGUACCACCUCCAACUCCAUUUGUUGGUGGAACCUAUCCUCCAGGAUACACACCAAGGCAAACACCCACACCCAAACCACAGGCUCCUAUUCUGGUCCCUGGAGCACCCUAUCCAUCCAGAGAGACACCCUACCCAGGUGGAACUUUCCCUACAGGCACUGUUCCAGUACAGUACACUCCCUUCAUUGGUGGAACAUAUCCACCCUCUUUCACUUUCCGACCAGGACAGACACCACCAACUUUUGUGCCAGGGCAGACCUACCCAACUAAUGAGACCCCAUAUCCAAGUGGAACCUACCCAACCCGUGUCACUGUGCCUCCAUACACACCUUUCGUUGGCGGAACAUAUCCACCAAGCUACACACCACCUCCAUAUUACAGACCAUCAACAUUCAGACCAGGUGGCACAUAUCCAACCAAUCAGACACCUUAUCCAUAUGGCACCUAUCCAGUUGGCACUGUCCCAAUGGGAACACCCUUUGUUGGAGGAACCUAUCCACCAGGAUUCACCUUUAAACCACAACCUACCACACAAAGCCCAUUCAUUCCAGGACAGACCUAUCCAACCAAUGUUACACCAUAUCCUGGUGGCACUUAUCCACCUCGCCAAACUGUCCCACCUGUGACACCAUAUCCUGGAGGAACAUUCCCAACUGGAUAUACUCCAUUCUAUCUGGUCACCAACUAUCCUCAUUACAAUGGCGGUACUGUUUAUCCACCAGGAGCCACACCGUAUCCAGGUGGACCAACUUAUCCACCAAAUCUGACCUAUCCAACAUACACUCCCUAUCCAGGUGGCACAUUCCCACCAAUCAAACCAUCAUCCAGCUAUUUCACUGGUGGUGUACCACCAAUGACAUUCAAGCCAUACCAGACUUAUCCACCAAAUCAAACACCUUAUCCAAGUGGAACCUAUCCACCAGGCACUGUGCCCCCACCAGUACCAUAUCCAAGUGGUACCUAUCCACCAGGAUACACAGAUAAUAAUCCAAACCAGCCUUAUUUGAUUCCAGGAAGAACCUAUCCACCAUACUUGACACCAUUCCCCUCAGGAACAUACCCACCAGGUGUGACAGUGCCAUACACCCCCUACCCACAGGGAACUUACCCACCAGGGUUCUCUAUUCCACCACAGUUCACAACACCUCAACCAACCCCAUCACCACAACCAAUCUAUGUCCCCAACACUUGUAUCUACAAGGGUAAAUCCUACACCCAAGGACAAAGAUGGCAGGAUGGUUGCGACUACGACUGUGUAUGUGAAAAUCAAAUGACUGGAGUCUACAAAUGUACUGAGAAAUGCCCACGAAUCACAGAUUUGAACCCAGGCUGUCAACUGGUCCAGGACAUUAACAAUCCCUGCUGUAAGAAGCCUUACUGUCCCCCUAACGUGUCCCCCAUUGUCAUCAAGGCCCCAACACCCACCACCAUUAACGGAUCUCCAGCUGUCUGUAUGUACAAGGGCGUGUCCUUCAAACAAGGAGAGUCCUGGAAGGAUGGCUGUGACCUGGUCUGUAUCUGUGAGAAUGGAACAACAGGAUUCUACCGAUGUGACGACAGAUGUCCACAAUACCAGCUGACUGAGGGAUGCUCCAUGGAGGCAGAUCCUGAUGACUCUUGCUGCAAGAAACCAGUCUGCCACCCAGAGCUGAUGAAACCCCCAACUGUGGCCCCCACACCUUCACCCAAACCUGGCGAGGUCCCAAUGCCCACACCAUCCCCUACCCCAUACACUCUGCCCAUGCCAACAGCUAUUAACUAUGGAUCUGGACCCAAUGGAGGACAUGGAUGUUUGUACAAGGGAGUCUCUUACAAUGCUGGACAGACCUGGAAAGAUGGCUGCUUCUACACCUGUGAAUGUUUGGACAUGCAAACUGGCAGAUACAGAUGCAAGGACAGAUGCCCGUCCAUGGAUGGCGUCGUCCCACCACCCAACUGCCAGAUCGUCUCUGACCCUGCAGAUCCAUGCUGUAAGAUGAUGCAGUGCAGACAACCUACCCCCGCCCCCUCAUUCAAUCUGAUCACAGGAACCAAACCCCCAAUCACUGGCAGCAUCACCUUCGCCCCACAACCUAACAACACACCGGUACCCAACCCAUACCAAACCACCCCAGACUACACCCCUAUGCCAACACCUAAGAACAUCUGUAUUAUGAAUGGUAAGACCUACAGCCAAGGACAAACUUGGUAUGACGGAUGCGCCAGAGUGUGCGUGUGUGAAGAUGGAAAGACUGGCUACUACAGAUGUAGUCAGAGAUGCAACACUUACGACAACUUGCCUUCCUCUUGCACAUUGAUCCCUGAUCCAAACGACCCCACCUGUUGCCAGGUGCCUCACUGUGAAACGCCCACACCUGGACCAAACCAGCCUGUCACCAUCAAGGGACAGCCUGGAUCCUUCACAGGAUUCGGAAUCACCGAUACACUGCCUCCUACCCAACCUACCACAGUCAACCCAUUCCUGCCACCUCAGCAGCCUACUCCUUCUCCUCAGCCUAGCACUCCUAAACCAGAUGUCUGUAUCUACAAUGGACUGGCUUACAGGACAGGUGAGCAGUGGCAAGAUGGAUGCAAGUACAACUGUAUCUGUGAGGAUGGACACAUGGGAUUGUACAAAUGUACCGAGAGAUGCCCAACAGUUCCUCGCCUGUCUGCGGGAUGUACCCUGGAGACUGACCCCAGCGACUACUGCUGUAAGGUGGCCGUGUGUCGUCAGACCACAACCCCUGCCCCCGGACAGCCAACACCCCCACCCACCAAACCACCAACUUUCUGUGUGUACAAGGGAGUCCCAUAUACCCAGGGCCAGACCUGGCAAGAUGGCUGCUCCACCACUUGCAGAUGUGAUGAUGCUGACAACAACAUUUACAACUGCUUUGACAGGUGCCCUCAGUAUCCUAACUUACCUGCAGGAUGUACCAAGACUGCUGACCCCAACGAUCCAUGCUGCCUGGUGCCAGUCUGCAGCACCCCAAGACCCACACCCUACAACCCUCAGUACCCAACCACCACCCCCAAUCCUAACCAGCCUACCACACCCUACAAUCCUUACGUUACACCACUGCCUAAAGGAGAGAUUGUGGGAUACAAUCCUACCACACAGAAUCCUUACAAUCCUUCACCCAAACCAACAUUCUGUGUCUACAAGGGACAACAAUACACCAAUGGUCAGACUUGGCAAGAUGGAUGUGACUACAACUGCGAAUGUAUCGAUCAAGCCACAGGCCGCUACAAGUGUACCGAGAGGUGCCCAUCCUUCCCUGUUCAGCCUAGCUGCUUCAUGAUACCAAGCCAGACAGACAACUGCUGCAAAGUACAGUACUGUCCACCCCCAACCCCACCCACCACCCCAGUACCACCAGAGAACACCACUCCCGUGGGUGUCACUCUUGUACCAAACCCAGGCUCAACCUUGGUACCACCACAGCAGAUUACCACAGCUCCAGUCAUCCCCAUUCCACAGCCCGGAGAUGUUUGCGUAUAUAAUGGAAGGACCUACACUCAAGGACAGGCAUGGUAUGUUGGUUGUGACCAGAAAUGUGUCUGUGAUAAUGGAAGAACUGGACACUAUACAUGCACCCAAAGAUGUCCUCAGUAUGAGGCUGGCUCUCAGUGUCUUAUGGUGCCUGAUCCCCAGGAUCCUGAAUGCUGCAAGGUGCCUCAGUGUCCUCAGGGUAACACUGUGCCCCCAGUCAUCAUAGGAACACAGUCCCCAACUCCUGCCCAGACCACACCAUUCAAGAUUGUCAUCAAUCCCAACGGACCAAUCAUCUUUGGAACUCCCGAACCUUCCACACCUGUUCCACAUAUGUGUGUGUACAAGGGACAGAUGUACCAACAGGGUCAGAAAUGGCAAGAUGGUUGUGACUAUCUGUGUGAGUGUGUUGACUCAAUGACUGGAAGAUACAUGUGCACAGAAAGGUGCCCCAACCUGAACCAGGUUCCACUGACCUGCAAACUGAAGUACAACCCCGACGACCCAUGCUGUCCUCUCCCUGAUUGUCCAGCCAUCAUCCCACCCACAGCUGGACCAGGGUCCACUCUCGCCCCCACUGCCCAUCCCCCACCAAUGCCAGCAUUCUGUGUGUACAAUGGAGUACCCUACAAGCAGGGAGAGAGCUGGAAGGUUGGCUGUGAGAAGAUCUGUAGAUGUGAUGAUGCUAUGAACAGUCAGAUCAACUGUGAUGAGAGAUGCCCAAGCUACCCAGCACCCAAGCCAGGCUGCAGGCUCGUGACUGACCCCAAUGACCAGUGUUGCCAGGCCCCGAUCUGUAUCGAUGUCAACUCCACCAACCCCUUCACAGUGGUCACUGGCAACAAGGGAACCUUCAUGGGCAACCCCCAGAAACCAGAGCCCGGACAGCCUAGCAUUCCUCAGAUUUAUGGCAAGAUGAUGUGUGUGUACCAAGGCAAGGCUUACUCACAGGGACAGACCUGGCAGGAUGGCUGCCAGUUCCAGUGUGAAUGUAUCGACCAACAAGCAGGAAGAUACAAGUGUACAGAGAGGUGUGCAAGGCACCCACAGGUACCUUCUUACUGUACUAUGACCCAGGACCCCAACGAUGCCUGCUGCCAGUCUGUGUACUGUCCCAUCCAGGCAACCGCCGCCCCCACCAAACCAGGACAGGUGACUCCCAGCCCAGGCAUGCCAAACCCAUACACAGCUCCCCCUCCUCUCGAGAUCUGUGUGUACAACGGACAGGCUUACAGACAGGGACAGGAAUGGUUCGAUGGCUGCGACAAGAAAUGUGUCUGUGUGGACGCCAAAACCGGAUACUACAGCUGUAGACAGAGAUGUAAUGUCUACCCACGAGUGCCCGAUGGCUGUACCCUGGUUCCAGAUCCUGCUGACCCCACAUGUUGUAAGGCCCCCAACUGCCCAGUGGUUCAACCUGGAGCCACCCCAACUCCUGGAUUAGUCAAGCCCCCACAGCCAGCUUUCGGUACCAUCACAGGAAACGGUACUCCACCACCAGAACCCCUGCCAACCAUUAUGGUCAAUGGUAAACCUCAACCAGCUACCAGUGGAUCUAAUGUCACACCCACUCCAAGAAAAGGAUGCUAUUAUAAGGGAACAAUUCACAGGAAGGGAGAUAGAUGGGCUGAUGGUUGCGAAUACAACUGCGAAUGUAUGGACGACAUGACAGGCCGUUACAGAUGCACAGAGAGAUGCCAGAAAUUCCCCAACCUUCCAAACUACUGCGUACUGGUUCAAGAUCCAAAUGACCAGUGCUGCGGAGUGCCAUAUUGUGGAAAUCCCAAGAACCCAACACCACUGGCCAGCAUUCCCCCACAGUACCAGACCAUGCCCCCCACCACCCCCAUGUAUGUCAACCCUAACCAGCCAUCACCCAUCUCUGGAAGCAACACUCCAGCCCCAGUCAACGGAUUCUGUGUGUACAAAGGUGUGUACUACAGACAAGGACAGACCUGGCAAGAUGGCUGUGACAAAAUCUGUACCUGUGAUGAUGUCACAAACAAUCUCUACAGCUGCAGAUCUAGAUGCCCAGAGUUCAACCAGAUCCCAGACACCUGCCGAUUGGUCGCCGAUAAGAACGAUCCAUGCUGCGUGGUACCCGAUUGCAACAUUGCCCCAACCAUGCCACCUGGAUUCACAGGAAGCACCACCCCCCGCCCAGUCUUUUAUGCCAACCCAGUCCAGAACCCAGGCUUCGGAGGCCAGACCAACAUCGGGCCCAACAACCCUCUCAACACUCUCAUCAACGGCACUGGUGGAGCAUGUGUGUACAAAGGCAAAAUCUACCAUCAGAAUGACAGAUGGCAAGAUGGCUGCAAGCUGACAUGUGAAUGUUUGGAUGCUCGUAGAGGACAGUACAAGUGCACUUACACUUGCCCACAAUACUAUAACCUGCCAUGGUAUUGUACCUACGAACAAGACCCCAACAAUGCCUGCUGCCAGAGAGCCAAGUGUGACGAGAGUAAGACCACCCCCAAACCCCAGCCCAGUACGACCAUCAUACCAGUGACCGUCACCUACCAAACAGUACCCCCAGAGGUCACCCGACCACAAGAUAUGUGCCGUUACACCGAUAACACCGUCCACGUACAAGGAGCUACCUGGGACGAUGGCUGCAAUUACAGAUGUGUCUGCGUGGAUGCCAAGCAGAACAACUACAGAUGUGAUGCUAGAUGCAGAGUAUACUCUGGCCUGCCAUCUUACUGCACCCUUGUGGCCGACCCCGCUGACUCAUGCUGCAGGGUUCCAAAAUGUCAGAGUGGACCCAUCAAUUACCAACCCAUCUACAACAACAUGGUUGGAUCCUCCACACCCGCACCCAACGCAUUCAAUGUGGUCCCUAUUGGUUCUCACAACACCAUCUACGGCUCUAACGAGAUCAAACCAGGCUCCAACAAUCCAUUCACUGCAUCAGGAGGUUACAGUGCUUGUAUAUACAAGGGCGUCCAACAUAGGGAAGGAGAGUCAUGGCAAGAUGGCUGCGACUACGUGUGCACCUGUGUUAAUGCCAAGAUGGGUGAAUACAAAUGUGUAUCCAAAUGCCCUGUUUAUCCACCCACCCUCCCCACAUACUGUAGAAAGGUCGCCAUACCUGGACAAUGCUGUCCCAAACUCAGCUGUGAUAUUCCUGGAACCAAUGGCUCUUAUGUUCCACCAUCAGAAGUACAGAUCACACCUGCCCCUACCAUGCCUGAUGGAAGUUUCAUCACCGCUGCACCUUUCGGUGGCCUCUCAGGACAGGUUGUCUACACAAUGCCAACCAACCCCCCGACAACCACCGUCCCAGCAUUCCCUGGACAGGGAUUCCCCAUCUCUCAGAGCCAGAUCACCAUGGUCAGAGAUCAGUGUAUCUUCCCAUCAAAGAAUGGUAACCAGUUCCUUAUCUACAAUGAAGGAGAGCAAUGGAACGAUGGCUGCGACUACACAUGUACCUGCAAGGACGGAUCUUCCGGAUAUUAUGAAUGCAUUUCAUCAUGCCCAACCUACAAUAACUUGGAGUCUAGCCGUUGCUACAUGGUCCGUGUGGAUGGAAAAUGUUGCUCUGAGCCCAGAUGUACCCUCGCUAAUGGCCAGGUUGUGGAUCCCACAAAGGUCCAGACUUCAUUCCCCAUCGUACCUUCCCUCAGUGGAGGAUAUGUCAAUUUCAGACCCGACACAAACUACGCCGCCAUGGGAUCGGGAGGAUACUCUAACAUGUCUGGAAGCAGAAAUGUCUGUAUCUACAAGGGACGUCAGUACCAGCAGAGUCAGUCAUGGAGUGACGGUUGCGACUUUGACUGUAGAUGUGACGACGCAUCCACUGGACAGUUCUCUUGCACACCUAGAUGUCCAGUCUACACCGAACUGCCAUCUUUCUGUACUUUGGACACUGUUCCUGGUGACUGUUGCAAGAAACUGAACUGCCCCCACGUGGUUCCUGUUGGCACCACCACCACACCUAAGCCCACUAAACCAUCCUGCGAGUGGUGCAAAGACACCCUGUCUACCUGUGAAUCCUACGGACAGCAGGCCUGUGUUGCUCCAUACGUUCCUUGGGCAAAGAGAAACUGUCCAAACUACUGCAAUCUCUGUGAAUACGACUGUGCCCACACUCCACCCACCACUACGCCUCUACCAAUUGGCUGCCGCGACAUGUUGGACAACUGUCAAGAUUACGGCAAAGACUCCUGCACAGGCAUCUUUGAACCAUGGGCAAGAAAAAACUGCCAGGCUUUCUGUAGCUACUGUGGCUCCACCACCGCCCAAUCUGUCUGUCACGACGAGUCUCCAGAGGUGUGUGCCCAGAUGGACAUCUCGAUCUGUACCUCUAUUGCUUACUCCCAGUGGGCCCAGAGAAACUGUAUGAAGACCUGCAACAUGUGUGCCGGAGGAAGUGGCUUAGCCAUGACUACUGCUGCACCAAAGGCCUGUCGCUACUCGGAUGGAGUCACUCAUGCUCAUGGAGAAUGGUGGCAAGAUGGCUGCAGUGCUGAUGCUAAGAACUGUACCUGUAAUGAUGGAAUCGCCAAAUGCUUACGAUUAUGUCCACGCUAUGACUCCCUUCCAGUGGGCUGGGUUUUGGUCGAUAAGCCAGGACAGUGCUGCCCAACUCUAGACAUUAAUGUGCAUAUUGAUGAUGUGUGCCAGUACAAAGGCUCCACUUACAGACAAGAUGAAUCGUGGAGCGAUGGCUGUAAACUGUCAUGUGUUUGUACAGAUGCCAAACAAGGAUUUUAUCAGUGCAGGGAAAGAUGUCCUGCAAUGGAAUUCCCCCCUGGCUACGAUUGUCACUGGGAAGACCCAGCACCAGGCAAAUGUUGCCGACAGCCCAAGUGUCCUCCUCCGAUUGUUAUCUCUGGAUAUCCUCAGGAUUAGAUUCAUCCAUUGUUGCACCUUUUUUUUUCGUACCUUUUUUUUUUUUUUUUAAAUCAUGUAAAAUUUGUUAGACAAUAAAGUGUUUUAUUGAUA